CUGCUCAGUCAAGAAGAGCAGAAAAAUUUUGUUAACACGUUUUAGGUGGCUUCCUCUGUACUGCAAUUUUCAGAAAAGAAAAGGACCCUCACACUGUCACAUAUAACGUGACAACCCAGAACCACAACAACCAACAAGUUCAAUGUUGAAGAUGAACAUGGGUUUGUGCCUCUUUCAUCUUCUCUUCCUUUCUUCACUGGCUCUCACUGUUUCUGGUCAUGACUCCUCCAUUGAGCUCCUCAACCUCAUUGAGACACCCCAUGACAUUUCACACGGUAACCUUCCCUUAGCUGUUGCUGUCAGUGCUGAAAACCUCAAUGGGGUUUCUAGCACCAUUUUAAUGGCGGAAACUUGGCUUAGAGCCAAUGUUCUAGCACACUACCCCGCUUCAAAAAUCACUAACGUUGUUGUGGGAAGCUCUGCUUUCUGCCAACAACACCAAAAACCCAAUCAAGUUUUAGUCUUGAAUGCUUUGAAAAAUGUUUACCACUCACUGAAAAGGUGGGGUUUGGAGAGAGAAAUCAAGGUUUCUGUUGCUUUCUAUUUGAGCUGUUUGAGUCAAAACUCACCUUCUUAUGAAGAUGAUUUGAAAAAUGUGAAACCCUUGGUUGAGUUUCUCCACAGUGUGAACUCCACUUUCUCUGUGAUCUCACAUUCUGGGUUUUCUGAUAAGAAAAGUUUGAGCUUAGUGUCUUCUCAGUUAGAGUCCAUGAAAAGGCUCGGAUUUUUCUUCCUCAACAACAUAAACAUCUUAGCCAUUGUUCCAAAAAGGGGGAAAACCAUAGCUAGAAAGCUUUCAGUUGUUGAUUCCAGCUUAGUAAGCACAUUGCCUUUGAAGCCAACUCCAAUGCCAGAAAUUGCUGAACCCCCAUUGGUUGGUAACCCUAACCCUGCUCCUGAACCUGAACCUUUGCCUCCUCUGGCUCAAGUAGUUUCUUCCCCUCCUCCAAUGUCUCCUUCUUCCACUUUUGCCCCUCCUCAAGAACAACCUUCUCCCUUCAUUGAUCCAGCUAGUUCUCCUUCUCCUCAUGGCUUCUUCACCUUGCCUCCUUGCAAUCCAAUCGACAAUGGCUCGCCCUCGCCUUAUCCCCACAUGGUCCCGGUUCAGAAACUGUGGUGUGUUGCGAAGCCUAGUGUUCCCGAAGAGACGCUGCAGCAGGCUUUGGACUAUGCUUGUGGAGAGGGUGGUGCUGAUUGUACUGAGAUCGCGCCGCAGGGGAAUUGUUACAACCCAGACACAUUGGUUGCUCAUGCUUCUUAAGCCUUCAACAGUUUCUGGCAGAAGCAUAAGAGGAAUGGUGGAACUUGCAGCUUUGGAGGGACUGCUUUGUUGGUUCAUUCUGAUCCAAGUUACCUUCAAUGUCAGUUUAAUCUCAGCUAGAUAAGGUGCUACAAGUGAAAAAAGAGUGGCUGUUGAGGCUUUCCUUCAUUGCAGUUAGUAUUGUUGAGAAUCUUGUAUUCAGGUGACUUUGGAUUUUGAUUUACUUUGCCACUUAGUAAUUGAUUUAUGGAUUAUGUAUGGACCAACUUAAACAGUUAAUGUGUUAGAGCUACUAAUUUAGUAUUAUGGACCAACUUAUAGA